UACACAAUGUUCAGCACCAUUUCUGACUUCUCAGAAACUGAAACAGCCUGUGGCCAAAUGCAGCAAGGCCUCUGUUAUAAUAGUACAUCUAAAUGAAUCUUUAGACAGCCACCUGAACCAUCUGGGAAAGCUCUGGUAGAUUCACUGCCACUAGUCAGUCUUCUUGUUAUCAUUGUACACAUUCAUGCUGUACAAGUGUGAAGCAAAACUGAUUAUUCAACCCUGAGGGGCAUCAUACAAGUGCAAAGGCUGGCAGGGAUUUGACAGAUUAGGAUACAAAUUUGUGUUAGUAUGAAUGAUAAUAUCAUUAUUUCCUGCAUUGCACAAUCAUCUUUUAAUCAUAAUGAAUUUUCCCCACAAUUUCCAAUUAUUGUAGUGGCAGCCUUCUGGAUGGUUGGUCUUGUAUUGGUGAACUCUUGUGUUGAGUGUUGCCUGGAUCUCAGGAGUCCUACAAUAUUUGAUAUAAUGGAAGACAGUGGGCUGAGAAGAUACAAUAUUUAGACGAUCUCUUCUCUAGGUCCUCUUCCAAUCUUAUUAGUUUUUGUUUCUGUUUGCCUCUUUUAAUCCAUUCCAAAAGUCAGCCUCCACAGGUCACAGCCAUCAGCGGCAGUCUCCCGGUUACGAGUGUCACUAUCAUCUUCAUAUCUCACUUUCAGGUGUCCGUUUGGUAGAGAUAUGGAUGUCCAGGAAGUUGUUAUCCAAUGGCCACUUUGCUUCCCAGUUGGGAAUGUGAACUUUAGCCCGGUUGUUAAUUUUACAACUCAUUAAUUUAAAAAAAAGUUAUUUAUUUAUGUCUGUUCUUCAAAAAGAUGUUUUGUUUGCCGAUAGGAAAACGUUUCAUUCAGCAGUUUUACCUGUCCCUCUCACUGAACGCCAAGACAGGGCUGUUUGCCCUUCAUUGUGGAAUCCACAAGGUAUAUAAUAUUGAAGUAGUAUCUUGUAUGGAGAUUAUCUUGCUAUGUGUUGGCAUACUGUAUUUAGAGUGGGGAGGCGCGGUACAUUGUGCUGCAGUGGCGUGGUCUACAGAAUUUCUCUCUGGGCGACGAUUUGAUGAAGCUACACGCUGUUUAGUCACACGUAGAGAAAGUUAUAGUCUGCUGACCGAGUUGAGUUGCCGCAAAGCCAGUAUCAUGUUACAGCCUGUUGAAGCCGUCCCACUCAGUGUUGUGUAACUGUAUGUGGCUGGAGGCGGAGACCAGCCUGUUAUAAAAGCGAGUAGUUAAAAAAAAUUAUGCAACGUCAGCAGUUAUUUUUUUCUUACCAUCUAACUCUCCCGCAGCAAUCAUUGCAAAGUGUAUUAACAGUUCGCAGCUUGUGUAAAGUCUCCUGGUGAAGGAUAUUUCAUUGACCAGUGUCUGCUCCAUGCGGGCUGGUACCCAGCAGCUGAAUGGUGUGCCUCUGUGACUCUUGGGAUUCUCCAACGACCAAAAUGAGUCCCUGGAAGAUUAGUCUUCUGGUCCUUGCUUUAGUUGUCUACAUCAUUACUCUGGUUAUGAAUGCUCUUGCAGGACGAGGAUCACAGUCAGGACCUUUUUAUCAGUCUGUUGGAAACAUAUCAAAGAAAUAUGAUACUGAGUUGACCCCUGCAGGAUGGACCUUCUCUAUUUGGGGAGUUAUUUAUACCUGGCAAGCUAUAUGGCUUCUGUAUGCAUGCAUUGGAUUAUGCAGAAGGAGUGCCCUUACAUGGAUGCCUUCCAUACUACCGUGCCCUUUUUACAUCAUUUGGAUUACAAACAAUCUUUUGAACAUAGGUUGGCUUUUUCUUUGGGAUAGAGAGUACAUUAUUCCUGCACUCGCUUUCCUUGCUUUGAUUGUUUUCACCAAUUACGUGGCUUUAUUCUUUACUUAUCGUGCGCUACAUACUCAGCUCCCAUGGAUGCAAAAGUAUCGAAAGAUUGAUAUGUGGCUUGUCAGAAUACUGAUACAGAAUGGACUGGCUGUUUAUGCGACAUGGACAACCAUAGCAACACUGAUCAACUUUGCUGUCGUAUUAACUUAUAGUGGAUGUAUUUCAAAUGUGACCUCUGGUACAGUUUCACUCUCUAUCCUGGCCUUUGAGGUCAUUUUAUGGUUCUAUUUGGAAAAUGUUGUGCUUGAUCAAUAUGUGCGUUACACACUUACUGUCUAUCCAGUUGUUAUUGUGGCAUUAUCAGGAUCUUUAGAGAAAAAUUACAAUGCCAUAUCUCCAACCAGAAACAACAUCUAUAUUGCUACACUGCUAGCUGUUGCCUGCACUGCCUUUGCAGCACGCAUUGUCAUUGUGACUUGGAAACAUUUCAAACAUCCUCUGCAUCAGAACAUGGAGCAUUGAGGUUUCUGUGGAAAAGCGAUUCAAGUGAAACAAUAAAAGGGAUUCACUGCCAAAAACAAAGUGCUGCAGGAAAUCUAAGCUGUAGCCGAUAAACAAAUUUUAAAGAAUACUUCAACCAGCAGAAAAAUCAUUGCUUAUUGAAAUUCGAAUGUAAGAUUUGUGCGACUUACCUUGCUGUCCAUUGUAUUGCUGUUGUGAUGAUAUACAUUCAUACCCUGACAGGCUCCUCACUUCAUCCAUUAUAGCUUGUUCCCACUUGGUCCAGUGAAAUGAUUCAUCAAUAAAAAGGGAGCAACUCGAUCCUGGCAAUUGGAUAAAUUGAUGUUUGAGAACAUUUGUGCAUAUUGGUAGAAUUUCUGCUGUGGAUGGUUGAUGAUGGAUUGCAGUAAAUUUAUCUCAGCUGAACAUUUCGAAUAGCCUUUAGAGAAUAGCCUUUAUUGUCACGUAUACUCAAUGAGUAUAGUAAAAUGUUUAUUUGUUGCCAAUUACAGUGGCUGAUAGCAGCCAAUGACUGUAAGACCACAAGUCACAGGAGCAGAUGUAGGCCAUUCAGUCCAUCAAAUCUGUUCAGCCAUUCAAUGAGAUCAUGACUGAUCUGAUAAUAAUCAACUCCACUGUCUUACUUUUCCCAUAUCGCUUGAUUCCCUUCCUUACUAAAAAGCUGAUAAUUUCACCAUUAAAUAUGUUUGAUGACCCACUGGUAAAGAAAUUCACAAAUUCACUACCUUCGGAAGAAAAUCCUCCUCCUCUCUUCUUGAAUGUGUAACCCCUUACUCUGAGAUUAUGCCCUGCAGUUCUAGACUGUUGCAAAGGGGAGACAACUUCUUAGCAUCUCCCCUGUGAAGCCCUCUAAGAAGCGUAUAUGUUUCAAUAAGGUCUCCUCUUGUUCUUCUGAGCUCCAAUGAGGCCCAACCCACUCAACCUCUUCUCAUAAAACAGCUCCUCCAUACCCAGGAUCAGCCUAGAAAAUCUCUUUGGGUUGCCUCCAAUGCUAGCAUAUCUUUCCUUAGGUAAGGGGGCCAAAGCUGUGGAAUAUUACAACCCCAAGCCUCCUCUAAUUGUGAGACACUAUGCAUUUUAAUCAGCAGUUCAUGAACUAAGGGAAUCUGUAUCAGGAUUUUUGACAAAAUUAAGGUGACUGGUGGAGGCUGCUGAGAGACCAUUUGCUAUGUGGGAUCAAUGAUGUAGCCAUGCAAAACUGCCUACUAGCUGAAAUCCAAACGAAUUUCAAAUAGGCAGUACAACUGGCUUUAUCAAUAGAAAAUGCAGCAAGUGGAGCUUAUAAGUUGCAGGGUAUUCUGACAGAAGUGUACACCCUCGCCAGGCUGACUGAGCUUGGGGAACACUAAUUGAGUGAAGGGAAUUGCAUACCCUCAAUCGAAUUGAAUAAUCAUUUAUUGUCAUGUGUAUUCAAUAUAAAAUACAAUGAAAAGUGUGUACCAUUACCAUGCAUAGGUGGCAUUUACAUUAACUUAAAAUAAAAUAAAAACAUAAAGAAAUGUGACAAAGAGAGUCCAAUGUUUCCUUCUCUGCUGCUACUGGACCACAUGGUCUUCAUCAGCCCAUGAUCUGCUCUGGGCUUCCCAGCCUAUGCUGUACCGGAACCAGAGGCCCACUGUGGGCUACACCAGCCCACACUAUGUAGAAGCAAGAGUCCUGCUUCAGGCUUCUCCAGCCGACACCAUGCAGCCACCAGAGUCCCUCUCUGGGCUAUACCAGCCCACUCCAGACAAAUCCUGAAUAGAGGGACUCUAGGUCAGCACACAGCAAAACAAAACUGAGCCUCUACCAAACCAUUAAAACUUUCUUCAUGAUCUGGGCUGGCGAGCCAUUGUACAUGCUGCUGGUAUGUGGACAUGAGAUAGCAAAAGAGUCCCACCUUGAGUAAGAGAACUUGUAAAUCUGUAACCAGGAGGGCAUACACCAUGGAAAGUCUGCCUCCAGCUGGUUUGGAACAGUGGCUGACCUUUUAUUUCCAUGUGCAUUCAAAUCAGAACCAAUCAUAUUAAACAUCUGGUUAAAUGGUUAGCCCAGGAUGGGACCAUUUGUCACAGCAGAUUCGCUGCCGACGAUUAGCAACUGCCCUUUGUCUGCCAAGGAUGCUUAGCCACCGCCCAUUGGCCAGUGAAGACGAUUCGUCACCGCAAAUAAGUUGUACAUUUUGAAUGUUGGUGGUAGCGUUUACCUAUUUUAAUAACCACUUAUUUUUGUUAACAGAUUUUUAAAAAUUUAACAACGUUUAAAAUGUUAGAGAACAAGCAUAUCAAAACUAUAUAAAAUUGUCAUUAUAUUGGUUAAGGUAGUGUUUGCGUUGCGUUGUUCUUGAAUACGGUGAAAGAGAUUGUUUGGAAUAUCUUAGAGGAAUAGCGCAUAAAUAUCAAAUGAACUGAAAUUUCAUUGUUUAAUAUUAAUGUGAGAUUUUACUGCCAUUAUAAAGAUUUUAAAAAUGUAUU